AUGGUGGACGCAGCCGCAGCAGAGCAGUUCCUGGAUGCCAAUCCUCAGUUCGCCAAGCAGUACUACGACACCAACGUGAGGCCCAAAGUGGUCUCAGACCUGCUGGACUCCAACCGCAAGCCGGUGCUGGACAUCAGCAAGUUCCACGAGCUGACCAUGGUGGACGAGAGCGAGAUCCUGUUCGACCUGAUGAGGGACAUCCAGGACAACCUGCAGAUGGAGAAGUCCGUCUUCAAGCUGAUGAGACACCUGAGUUUCAUGAUGAGGGCCGACCGCAUGAGCCUGUUCAUGUACCGGCAGAGGAACGGCGUGGCCGAGCUGGCCACCAGGUUAUUCAAUGUCCAUAAAGAUGCCGUGUACGAUGAGUGUCUGGUUCCCCCGGAGAGUGAAAUCGUGUACCCGCUGGACAUGGGCAUCGUGGGCCAUGUGGCCACCAGUAAGAAGAUGGUCAACGUGGCUGAUGUGUCCCAGGACCCUCAUUUCAGCAACUUUGUUGAUGAGCUGACUGAGUACCAGACCAAGAGCGUGCUGGCCAUCCCCAUCAUGAACGGCAAAGACAUGGUGGCCGUGCUGAUGGCGCUCAACAAGCUGGACGGGCCCAGCUUCACCGCUAAAGACGAGGAGACUCUCAACAAAUACCUGAACUUUGCCAACUUGUUGCUGAGAGUGUUCCACCUGAGCUACCUGCACAACUGUGAGACCAGGAAGGGUCAGGUGCUGCUGUGGUCCGCCAGCAAAGUGUUCGAGGAGCUGACGGACAUCGAGAGGCAGUUCCACAAGGCGCUGUACACGGUCAGAGCCUUCCUGAACUGCGACCGCUACUCGGUGGGGCUGCUGGACAUGACCAAGACCAAGGAGUUCUUUGACCUGUGGCCUGUUCUGAUGGGAGAGGUUCCCCCAUACGAUGGACCCAAGACCCCUGACGGCAGGGAAGUCAUCUUCUACAAAGUGAUUGACUACAUUCUUCACGGCAAAGAGGAAAUCAAAGUUAUACCGAGCCCCCCCGCCGACCACUGGGCGCUGGUCAGCGGUUUGCCCACCUACGUCGCAGAAACCGCUCUGAUUUGCAACAUCAUGAAUGCAGCUCAGGAUGACUUCUUCAACUUUCAGAAAGAGCCUCUGGACGAGUCCGGCUGGACCAUAAAGAACGUCCUCUCCAUGCCAAUCGUCAACAAGAAAGAGGAGAUAGUGGGCGUGGCCACGUUCUACAACAGGAAGGACGGGAAGCCCUUCGACGAGAUGGACGAAACCCUGAUGGAGUCUCUGACCCAGUUCCUGGGCUGGUCUGUGCUCAACACUGACACUUAUGACAAGAUGAACAAGCUGGAGAACAGGAAGGACAUCUUCCAGGACAUGGUGAUGUACCACGUCAAGUGUCGCAAGGACGAAAUCCAGAACGUUCUGAACACCAGGGAGCGGUGGGGGAAGGAGCCGGACGAGUGCGAGGAGGAGGAGCUCCAAGAGAUUCUGUCGGAGACCCUUCCAAACUCCAAGAAGGCUGAGAUCUUUGAGUUCCACUUCUACGACUUCCACCACACCGAGCUGGAGCUGGUCAAGUGUGGCAUCAAGAUGUACUACGAGCUGAAAGUGGUGGACAAGUUUCACAUUCCCAGAGAGGUCCUAGUGAGAUUCGUUUACUCUGUCAGCAAAGGCUACAGGAAGAUCACCUACCACAACUGGAGGCACGGCUUCAACGUGGGACAGACCAUGUUCACCCUGCUGAUGCCCAUGAUGGACAGAAAUAAAUCCGACGACCUGCCCAAGCUGCAGUGCGGUUUCAUCGACUUUGUCUGCGCUUUUGUGUACAAG